AUGGCUGGCCGUGCGCUGUUGGUGUGCGCCCUCUGCGUGCUGUGCUGCGCCGCCGGCGGGGGCUGGGCGUGGGGGGAGGGCUACUGCAACGAUGCGCAGUGGAAGUUUUUGAAGGCGGCUGGCCCCAAUAAAUGUUAUACAGAACUUCUGCAGGAGUUCUGUGGCAAUGAGACGGAGUUUGUGCAGCGAGCCCUGAAGAAUGCCACUGAGCUUGAGCAGGGCGGUCCGUGUGGUGCGGAGUUGCGGCGCCAAGCUGCCGUUGUUGACGACGAGGGUGGUGGCUCACGUGCCGGGGCGGGUCACGGUGCUGCAGCGCCUUCUCAACCGGGUGGUGCUGCCAGCAGUCAGGCGCAAGAAGCCAAUGGAAAGGAUGGCAAAGGCACUCCAAAGCCCGAUGCCGCAGUGUCAUCGGCACCGACUGCAGGGCAACCAGAGGCGGCGUCGACACUACCAACGCCGCCAGCGCUAACAUCAACUGAAGGGCCAGUGGGAACAGGGAAGGAGAUGACGUUGGAGAAGACUCCUUCGAAGGAAAAUGGUACCGAGGACAGUGUGCCAAGUGAUGAUAAAGCUGACGGCGGUGACAAGAAAGCUAAGCCCAAAGAAGCCGUGCCGGCCCCAGCUGACCCAAGUAAUACACCGGAUGGAAGGGCAGUGGAUGCAGCUGAAGUGACUGCCCCUUCGGGCGGCGGUGGGACUUCAAGCGAACAGGCUGGAAAGGAGGCUGAGGCGAUUGCCGAGGAUUCUGCAGGGCCUGUUGCCGCAGCGGCCCCAGGAGCCCAACAGCAAGGUGUAGCUGCCGCUGGCACACCGACGAGCAGCGAAAAGGAGCCUUCGCCAACAGCAGAGGACACCGCCACUGAGGCCAGUCGCCCAGAGAAGACGACUGGCGGUGGCAGCGGCAGCAGCCCCGCGGCGCAGUCGCAGUCGGGGAGUUCCGUGGCGGGAACCGAGUCUGGCGAUCCACAACAAAAAGAGCAGCCCGCAGUGCCCACCACACCCAAGCAGGAAGCGGAAAGGAGCGGAGAGAGAGGAGAAGCCGCUCAGCCGGCAGCGGGGGCGGCUGCUCAAGCGGCGGCCACCACCAACUCGACGAGUGCAGCGAAGGCGGCGCCCGGCGACAGCGACGGCAGCAGCACCGUGGCCGCGCACUCCGCCUCCCCUCUUGCGCUGCUGCUUCUGCUUGCGUGUGCGGCUGCCGCUGCGAUGAUGGCCGCGUGA